UGGAGCCCUGCCCGCAGCGCAAGGAGAGAGCGGACCCGAGCAGAGCAGAGCCAGCCAGGCCUCCUUCUCCUCCUCCUUUCCUCCUUUCCUCCCUUCCUUCUUUCCUUCUUUCCCCCUUUUCCUUGGGUCUCCGCCAUGAGGCUCUGGGGACACAAGAUAGAGGUGCUCACAGGACUGUUGCUGCAGGAGGUGGCCAUGGCCGGGCUGCACGAGCAGCGCUUCACCGAGGAAAAGCCGCUCCUUCGGGGUCAGGACACCGAGAUGGAAAAUUCAGACACUUUCCUGUCUGCUGUGGACACAGAUUGGAAGGAGCAUGACAUCGAGACCCCCUACGGGCUGCUCCACGUGGUCAUCCGAGGGUCUCCCAAGGGGAACCGUCCGGCUCUCCUGACCUACCAUGAUGUGGGGCUCAACCACAAGCUUUGCUUCAACACCUUCUUCAACUUCGAGGACAUGCAGGAGAUCACCAAGCACUUUGUGGUCUGCCACGUGGACGCCCCAGGGCAGCAGGCGGGGGCCUCCCAGUUCCCCCAGGGGUACCAGUAUCCUUCCAUGGACCAGUUAGCGGCCAUGCUUCCCAGUGUGGUCCAGCACUUUGGGUUCAAGUACGUGAUUGGGAUUGGCGUGGGUGCAGGCGCUUAUGUCCUGGCCAAGUUUGCGCUGAUCUUCCCAGAUCUGGUGGAGGGUCUCGUCCUGGUCAACGUUGACCCCAACGGCAAAGGAUGGAUCGACUGGGCAGCCACUAAGCUCUCUGGCCUGACCAGCACCCUCCCAGACACUGUUCUCUCUCACCUCUUCAGCCAGGAGGAGCUGGUCAGCAACACGGAGCUGGUGCAAAGCUACCGCCAGCAGAUCGGGAGCAUGGUCAACCAGUUCAACCUCCAGCUCUUCUGGAACAUGUACAACAGCCGCAGAGACCUGGACAUCAACCGGCCCGGCAGCGUCCCCAAUGCCAAAACGCUCCGGUGCCCCGUGAUGCUGGUGGUGGGAGACAACGCGCCGGCUGAAGAUGGUGUGGUCGAAUGCAACUCCAAGCUGGACCCAACUACCACCACGUUCCUGAAGAUGGCUGAUUCAGGAGGGCUCCCCCAAGUCACACAGCCCGGCAAACUGACCGAAGCUUUCAAGUACUUCCUCCAAGGCAUGGGAUACAUUGCCUACCUGAAGGACCGCAGGCUGAGCGGAGGAUCAGUGCCCUCGGCCAGCAUGACGCGCCUGGCCCGCUCCCGCACGGCCUCCUUGACCAGCGCCAGCUCCGUGGACGGCGCUCCCCGGCCCCGCGCCUGCACCCACUCCGAGAGCAGCCAGGACAUGGGACAGGUCAACCACACCAUGGAGGUCUCCUGCUGAGGAGGAGGAGGAGGAGGAAGGAGGAAGGAAGCAAGGCACACCAGACCUCCCUUCAUCCCUCCGUCCGUCUCUCCGUCCCUCGUCCUCUUCAACGUCUUCUCCAGCGCCCACUCCACAAGUCGCUCUCCUCAGCUGAGUCCCUCUCCUGAAGCUUCACGUGCUGCUGACCUUUUCCCUCCUUCCUUCCCUCCUUCCCUCCUUUAUUAUUCCUUCCUUCCUUCUUUCCUUCCACUCUUUCUUUCUUUCUUUCUUUCUUUCUUUCUUUCUUUCCAUCUAUCCAUCCUUUCUUCCUUUCUUCUUUUUUCUUUCCUUCCUUCCCACCAUCCAUCCUUCUUUCCUUCCAGCUUUCUUUCUCUCCUUCUUUCUUUAUUUCUUUUUCUCUCUCCCUCUUUCUUUCUUUCCAUCUUU